GUGAACAGCUGAAUUAUAUGUGGAGGAAACUGUUCACACAGAAAACAGAGAGAGCACUGAAAAACAUACACAACUUUCAAUCGACGGUUUAGCUUACAUUUUAGACUUUCAGAAAAAGAAAAGGAAAGUUACUGGGUGCAAAAUGAAGUUUCUAUUACCGGUUGUUGUAAUCUUUCUUGUUUUGUGCCAAGUCUAUGGAGAGGAAUUGGGUCCAAAAGAAGACCCUGAUUAUUGGACAGGCAGCAAUCAAAUACAGGAUGAGUGGCUGCAGUCCGAUCCAUUCAGAGAGAUACUUAGACGCAUGACGAGGAAACCUCGACCUCAUCAGUUCAUUGGUCUGAUGGGGAAACGGUCCUCUGCAGCAAACGCACAGAUCACACGAAAAAGGCAUAAAAUAAAUUCUUUUGUGGGGCUGAUGGGUAAAAGAAGCCAAGAGGAACCAGAGUCCUAUGAUUGGGGAACAGUACAGAUCUAUGACAAAAGGCGUUAACAGAUAAAACUGGUCACCGCCACAUCGGCUUCCAAGGAUCAUUUCAUUCUCAUUUAUAAUUUAUUUUUUUAAUUAAAGUCAGAAUUCCAAUUAAAAUUCAACUUUCACAUUGUGGUGAUAUAACAGAACUGCACCUGUGCCCGUUUAUUUAACUCAUUUAGAAAGGAGCAGACAUUUUAAUACUGUCCAGCUGUGAUCUAACAUGUUUAUUUUCACAACAUCUCUCCAGGUGUUGUGGACCACUGAAGCAAAACUGUGUGCUUUCAGUGGUACGCAGAGAUUUGCGCUGACAAUGUCACACUACAUAGUGCCUCGUAGUGUUUUAACCUGAUUGUGUGGUAAAAAUGACUUCAAAUACUGACAGUCUGGGUGUGUUCUCAUCCUCAUAGACUGUGCCUGUCCUGUCUCUGCUAUGUGUAAGGGUUUUGGUAUCUUGAUAUCUCUGUGUGAUUGUAGCUUGAUAUUAAAAAUAUUUUCUUUAUUGGUAGAACUUUUAAUUCCUUGUUGCAUCGUUGAAUGUGUGGCAUAUUGUGGGUUAAUCGUGCACAACAGUGGUACACUCACUCCUCCUAUUGGCUAUUGGAGCAAUAUCAACUUUAACACUAAACAUCUAAACAAGCAUUUCCACAAUCAAAAAAUCUUGAGGUUUUAAGAAAAAAAAAUAAAAAUCUUAAGACCAGCUCUA